AUGGCUAUCAUAACAGUCAUCUUGGCUUUGAAGCAGAGGGUUCUCGAUCAUGCUUUGCAGUCGGUUGCCAUUUCGGUUCUUCUCGUAUCCAUUAUCUACAUCGUUGCAAACGAGUUCAUUCGCGCGAAUGCCAGGAUUGCUAAGCUCGAUGGUCCUCGAGGGAUGCCCCUCAUCGGUAAUCUCUGGGACAUCCGGUUCAAUGCAGCCGAACAAUACCGUAGAUGGGCCCAAGAGUUUGGAGGAGUUUACCAAAUACAGCUGGGAAAUGUCCCCAUAGUCGUUGUAAACACUUCUGCAGCGGCCAAGGUUCUUUUCGGGCGGCAUGCCCAGGCCCUCAGUUCGCGUCCAGAGUUCUACACUUUUCACAAGGUUCUUUCAGACACCGCCGGAACCACCAUUGGUACUUCUCCAUACAGCGAUUCCCUGAAGCGUCGCCGUAAGGGUGCUGCUUCGGCUUUGAACCGACCCUCUGUCUCGACAUAUGUACCUCAUCUUGACGUUGAAUCCAGAGACUUCAUUAAAGAAUUAUAUGAGUAUGGAAAGGCUGGACAGGACCCUGUUGAUCCAAUGCCAAUGAUUCAGCGCUUUUCACUAUCUUUGGCGUUGACGCUCAAUUGGGGGGUUCGCAUGAGCAGUCAGAAAGAUGGACUCUUCAAGGAGAUUACUCAUGUCGAGGAAGAAAUCAGCCGCUUCCGAUCCACCACUGGUAAUCUUCAAGACUAUAUCCCUUUACUUCGGCUCAACCCCGUCAACAUGCAGUCGGCUAAGGCACGCGAGAUGCGCAACAGACGUGACGCCUACCUCACGGCGUUGAACAGGAGUCUCGACGAGCGCAUGGCGAACGGCACCCACAAACCAUGCAUUCAGGCGAAUGUCAUCAUGGACAAAGAAGCAAAGCUCAACAAGGCGGAGCUGACCUCUAUUAGUCUGACUAUGCUUUCCGGCGGACUUGACACCCUCACUACACAGGUGGCUUGGUUUGUUGCCAUGCUAGCUCAGCGACCGGACAUUCAAGACAAGGCUGUUGUGGCCAUUCGAGAUUUCUACAGCGAGAAGCAGCCCAUGUGCAAUGCAAAAGACGACCGGGAGUGCAAGUACAUCGUGGCGUUGGUUAAAGAGUCGCUGAGAUAUUACACCGUUCUACGACUCGCCCUCCCUCGAGCGUCUGUACGCGAUGUUCCUUACGGACAGACGAUAAUCCCCAAGGGCUCUGUGAUAUUCCUUAAUGCAUGGGCUUGUAACAUGGACUCUGAGCUCUGGCCCGACCCCGAAGUCUUCCGUCCCGAACGUUGGCUGGAGCAGCCCGACGCGCCUUUGUUCACGUAUGGCAUUGGCUACCGCAUGUGCACCGGCUAUCUCCUGGCCAACCGAGAACUGUACAUUGUCUAUAUGAGGCUUCUCAACAGCUUCAAGAUUGAGAAGUACGACGACGUUGACCAUCUCCCCAUUUCUGGGAACGCCGAUGCCACAUCACUUGUGUCUAUGCCCAGGCCGUACCGAGCGAAGUUUUUGCCUCGAGAUAUCAACACUUUAUGUGAAGUUUUGUAUGACGGCAAUCAAAAGGCUUGA